CUACAGGUUACACUCAUCAGUCCUCCACCCCAGCAACAAACAUAGGUAGUGGCUUUAAUAUGGAGUCUUUCGCUGUGGACUUCACAAUUAGCAACCUGAUCUACACAGCAGAGAUGGGACAGCCGGACACCAAAACCUUCAGUAACACCAAAGAAGUCCUACAGAACCUGCUCAAUCCAUUGUUUGAAAGUGGUAGCAUUGGCUCCUACUAUUCUGGAUGCAAGCUGACCACACUGAGGCCUGUGAAGAAUGGCACUGCAGUGAAUUUCCUUUGUACAUACUGGAAACUCCUCACCAUUCCUAUCCUGGACAAAAAGAAGAUUUACUGGGAGCUGAGCAAGCAGACUCGUAAAAUUACCAGGCUGGGUCCCCACAUCCUGGAGAAGAAGAGCCUCUACAUCAAUGGUUAUAAUCAUCUGGCUUCCACCAAAUUUUCUUUGGAUGCAUCCACUGUAUCAUCACUUACAACUCCCAGCAUAGACCCAGAGCCUGGAGUCUCCACAGCUCCUGUGAGAGCCUCUUUCCCUCCAGACACCUCUUCAGCUCCCUCACCAUUCUCCACUACCCCAGCUGGUGACUACAACCUGAAACUUUUCAGCCUGAACUUCAGCAUCACCAACCUAUUGUUCACAGAAGACAUGGGUCACCCAGGUUCUGGCAUUUUCAAUUCCACUGAGAGAACGGUGCAGCGUAUGGAUGAUGCGGAUCGGGCGAAAGACAAGGGCAGCAUGAAAUGGAAGGUACAUGGUCAGAUGGAAGGCCCUGUGCACUACUUCUCUCCUUUGGAGAUGAGGCACAACAGGGUGAAGCAGCAGAAGAAAGUCCCACCAACUUUCCUCUUCCUCUUUCCUCCAGGGACAGGCACAGCAAGAGAUGGAAGGCCUGAUGAGGGUCAAAAGAAAAGUUGA